UCGGUAUGCCGGCGGUGGCGUUCUCUCAUCUCCUCCGAUUAUUUUAUCACUUUUUUCCACCACCGUCGCCACGACCCAUCCCUUCCGCCACUUGACGAUCACGAUUCGUUGUCGUAUAGCAUGCUAAUCCAAUUUGCAUAUUCUGAUUCCGACUUGUGUUCGUCGCUGGUUCGCUGCCGAUACACCACCACGCAUACUGCCGCCGGUGCCAAAUUGUACGGCCACCACAGGCUUGAUUUGAGUUUUCUUCCCUGUCCCCAAACCAAAGUUAAAUUCAAGGCUUCGUGUGAUGACUUAGUUUUAUGCUCUUUUAAGAACACAUUUUUCUAUGUGUGCAAUCUGCUAACCAGGCAAUGGGUUGCUCUUCCUCCUGCCCCCCGCUUCAUAGACCAAGCCAUUGGCCUCCUUUGCGUUCCUGUCCCCAAACCCUGCUCCAUUUGCCACCUUCAAUGUGACACUAAUAAAAAAUUUAUGGUGGUUCGAAUUCAUAGAUACAAUGAGGGUGUGCCCCAAUCCACGUUCAAACUUCAAUUCUUUUCGUCCGAGGAAGGUAAAUGGACAACACGCCUGGUUUCAUCCCCACAGCCCUUGACCACUUUCACGCCUUACACCUGCUAUGGUUCUACCCGGCGCAAGUCUUACAGCUAUCUUGUUGCACACAAGGGGCUUCUGCAUUGGCAGAUUUGUAGUUCGGUUGUGGUGUUUGAUCCCUUCAAUACUCCGCAAACGUUUUCCCAUGUCAUAGAUCUGCCACUGGAGUCACGAGAUCACUGCCCCAGCACCAUUGCAGUAUGCCGAGGUCGAGUUUGCGUACAGAUAUGGUUCUGGUCUAAACUUCGUGGUGUGAAAUGUUCAUGGGAUAUAUGGGAGCUUGAGGAGUACGUGAUGGGAGGGAAAUGGAAUUUGGUGCACAAGCAUAUCGAUGAAAGGCCUGGGUUUUAUUGCGUGGAAUAUGUCCAUCCUGAUGGAAAUAUACUGUAUCUGAGGAAGAAUCGUAGUGUAUGGCUUUGCAACUAUGAAUGUGAAUGUGGAGAGGUGGAUGAAGAGUACAAGUUAAUUCACCGGACCGAUGGUAGACAUAAUCUAUUUUUAAAUGGGAAUAUCCUUCAAAUUGUUGACCAGUGGUGGCCAACACCACCACCAGCACUACCGACCACCUCUAUAUCUACAUCACAUGAUUAAAAGUUGGAGUGCAUUUGUCAAUAAGAAGAAGCUGGUUUCUGGAGAUGCUGUGCUUUUCCUAAGGCCUAGUUCAUCAGAAUUUAUUGUGCCUUACCGCAAAUUCUCAAGAAGCCUCGUACAUUCUUUUUCAGCUGGAAUGAAUUUUAAACAGAAGAUGCUGCAGAGAGUUUUGACAGGCUGAAGCAAUACACUGAAUCCACUACUGCAAUGCACGAAGAAAGAAGAAAUUGACAAAGAUGAAUUUGUG